AUGGAGAGCGAAGGGGAAAACCGUGGCUGCUGUUUUGUGAGAAAGUUUCGAAAUUCCCUCAGACGCCAUCUUUUAUUCAUUCUAACCUUAUCAGCAGUCAUCGUUGGAUUUUCCUUGGGAUUCGUUGUACGUGAAGUAGAACCUUCUUCGGACACAAUACAAUGGCUAGGUAUGCCUGGAGAACUAUUUAUGCGGCUGCUGAAAAUGAUGAUAAUACCUCUUUUGGUUUGCAGUGUGAUACACAGCACGGCUUCUCUUGAUCCAAAGUCUAAUGGUAAAAUCAGCGUUAUAGCCUUCACGUACAUCCUUCUAACAAACAUACUGGGCUGUGUUAUAGCUGUAGCACUGUUUUACGUCAUCAAACCAGGCAGUGAAAGUCCCCUCAUUAAAGGAAAACCAGAUGUAUAUGAAGCAAAUCCCCAGGACAUAUUUGCAGAUUUACUGAGAAACAUCAUACCUGACAAUAUUGUUGAGGCCUCUUUUCGCCAAUCGCAGACAAAAUAUUCGUAUGAAUCAUUAGAGCAGCAGUUAUCAGAAAAUUCUACUUUCUUGAAUGCGUCAACCAAUCAAAAUCAAUCAACAAUCCAUGUGGUUGGGAAGCUUGUAAAAUCAGUUGGCAAGAUAGAUGGUUCUAAUAUUCUAGGACUUAUAGCAGCCUGUAUGUUUCUCGGGACGGCCGCGGGUAAGCUUGGAAAGAAAGCUAAAACGUUUCUUGACUUCUUCGCUGUGAGCACGGAAGUGGUCUUACAAGUCCUUCGCUGGUUUAUCUGGUUGACCCCACUCGGGAUCGCUAGUCUCAUCGCAGCCUCAAUAGCAGGUACUCGUGACAUCAGCGGUACAUUUGCUAGCCUAGGUCUCUUUGUCGCCACGGUUACUAUCGGAAUCGUCCUUCAUCAGGCGAUAUUUCUACCUCUCAUCUUAUUUCUAACCACCAGAAGGAAUCCAUAUACAUACUUUAUUAGUAUAGGUCGGGCGUGGUUGAUAGCAUUUGCUGCUACUAGCACAGCCGUUGCUAUUCCUGAGAUGCUCAAUGCUUGUGAAAAUAAAAACAAAGUUAAUAAGAGGGUUAGUCGCUUCGUCAUUCCCUUUUGCGUUACAUUAAACGCUGAUGGCAGCGCCCUCUUUAUCACAGCAGCUGCCAUGUUCAUAGCCAACAUCACCGGCCAAUCAUUGACAUUUGGGGAUGUGGUCGUUAUUGGUUUACUGACGGCUAUAGCCAUCCUAGCCCUCCCGUCCGUACCUAGCUCCAGUAUAGUAACUCUCAUCAUGAUAUUGUCCUCGCUGAAGAUUCCCGUGGAAGCCGUGUCGCUGUUAUUCGCUGUGGAGUGGUUUUUGGAUCGCAUCAGAACCAUGUCAAAUCUUUUGAGUCACACAUUGUGCGCAGCUGUAACUUAUCACUUCUGUCCAAAGAACUUUCAGACAGAAGAGGAUCCCGAGCAGUUGCAACAGGAAGUGGAAAUCGUCGUGUAUUCUCCGCACUCGUAUAAUUCUUGAUUUACCUGACAUUGGAAUGAGAUUUCUACCAAAAUGUUAAUUUCUAGUUGUGUAGAAAAUGCGCCUGCGCCUUUAUUGCAAGUUGUGACGUCAUGUCUUGUUGCAUGGAAGGAAAUUUCUGGUGAUGGUUGAUUGAUUAAAUAUUGUUUAACGUC